UUCGUUCAAAGUCUCAGCCGGCCGCUGCGAGGAAAAGGAGAUUUAUGAUGAAGACAAGAGGGUAAAAAAAGACCAGACCGAGCAAGUGAAAACAAACAAACAAACACACACACACACCCAAAAAAUAACCUCACCGAUUUAUGUGUUUUUGCAUUUUAGUAGCUUCUACCCAGGGAGUGAAAUCCGGGCAGGUUGUUAUAGCUACCCUAAUCCACAGGGGUCCCCCCCACGUCUAUUUAAACCCCCUAAAUCUUCCUCCCCCUUUUAAAAACUACAUUUUAUCUCUGGCUUGUGGGCCAACGUGCCCCUAAUGAGUAUUAAAACACUAUCUUCUCGCAAUUAGCUCAUUCCUGCCUUCCCGCUCCUGAUUGACAGAGCAAGCAGAAGCAUCAGAAUUUUCCCUUUGGCAAUAAGUGCUGAUUGGGUCCUUCUAAAGAGAGCUACUUCCAACUUUUUUUUUUUUUAAUAUUUGCCUUCAGUGUCUUGGCUGAGAGAAGAGUUUUUUACCUCUGCGAUUUUUUUUUUCUCGAGAGGAGUUGGGGAAGGAAGAGAGAGGAUUAUUUACCUGCUUGGGCUGAGCUACUUUGAUUUGAUUUGGUUUUUUAUUAUUAUUAUUAUUUUAUUUUAUUCAAACAAUCCUCGUAAAGCAGAAGAAAGGAAAGUGUUGGCAACUCUGGUUGAAUAAAAAAACAACAACAACACCCCAAACUUUUCAUUAACUUUUGGCGAUGGGCUGUUUUGGAUAUUUGCUGUUUCUUUGUGGGUUGAGUCGAGCUCUGUCAAGUUACCCAAUCUGGUGGUCCUUGGCCAUCGGUCACCAGUAUUCCUCCCUGGGGACUCAGCCCAUCCUCUGCGGCAGCAUCCCAGGGCUGGUCCCGAAGCAGCUGCGCUUCUGUCGGAACUAUGUGGAGAUCAUGCCCAGCGUGGCGGAGGGGGUCAAGAUCGGGAUCCAGGAGUGCCAGCACCAGUUCCGUGGGAGGAGGUGGAAUUGCACCACCGUCAAUGACAGCUUGGCCAUAUUUGGGCCUGUGCUAGAUAAAGCUACCAGGGAGUCGGCCUUCGUCCACGCCAUCGCCUCCGCGGGUGUUGCUUUUGCGGUGACCAGAUCCUGUGCCGAGGGCUCAGCCACCAUCUGUGGCUGCGAUACCCGCCACAAGGGACCCCCCGGGGAAGGCUGGAAAUGGGGAGGCUGCAGUGAAGACGUGGAGUUUGGGACUAUGGUGUCUCGAGAGUUCGCGGACGCCCGGGAGAACAGGCCGGAUGCUCGGUCAGCCAUGAACAGGCACAACAAUGAAGCUGGGAGAACAUCCAUUAUUGAUCACAUGCAUCUGAAGUGCAAAUGUCAUGGUCUGUCAGGCAGCUGUGAGGUGAAGACAUGCUGGUGGUCCCAGCCAGACUUCAGGGUCAUCGGUGACUAUCUCAAGGACAAGUAUGACAGUGCUUCUGAAAUGGUGGUGGAGAAGCAUCGGGAGUCCCGUGGCUGGGUCGAGACGCUCAGGCCCAAGUACAACUUCUUCAAGGCCCCAACUGAGAGAGACCUGGUUUACUAUGAGAACUCACCAAACUUUUGUGAGCCGAACCCCGAGACGGGCUCCUUUGGGACCCGCGACCGGAUCUGCAACGUCACCUCCCACGGGAUAGACGGAUGCGACCUUCUGUGCUGCGGCCGCGGGCACAACACAAGGACUGAGAAACGGAAAGAGAAGUGCCACUGUAUCUUCCACUGGUGCUGCUACGUCAGCUGCCAGGAAUGCAUACGAGUCUACGACGUUCACACGUGCAAGUAA